AUGAGGGCAUUCUUAAUUUCGUUACUGUUCGCCGCCGCCCUCGCCGGUGAUGCGUCAGAGAAGAAACAUGACAAACGUGGCCUUCUACACGGAGGAUCACCGAUAUAUGGACAUGGCGGUUACAACCCCCACGGUGAUGCUGUGUUGAAUGGAAACAGAUAUGGAAAUGGAAAUGGAUAUGGAUAUGGAUAUGGAAACGGAUAUGGAAACGGAUAUGGAAAUGGAUAUGGGAACGGACAUGGACACGGAUCCGGACACGGAUCCGGACACGGACCCAAUUACGGACUUAAUUACGGACCCAAUUAUGGACCCAAUUACGGACAUAGACCCGGUUACGGACACGGACCCGGUUACGGAUAUGGGCCCGGUUACGGAUAUAGACCCGGAGGAAUUGGUAAUGGAAUCGAAUUCAUAGGAGGAGUGCCGAACGGUCACGGAAUAUAUGCACCAAGUUUCGGCAUCGGUGCGGGACCCGGUUACGGACACGGACCAGGUUACGGGUACGGACCAGGUUACGGAUACGGACCAGGUUACGGACACGGACCCGUACACAUUCACAAAACGAUCGUGAAUCGCCUGGUUCCAGUUCCCGUUCCUGUACCUCAGGCCGUUCCCGUCACUCGCAAGGUCCCUGUGCCGGUCCCGCAUCCUGUACCCUUCGAAGUAAAGCGUCCCGUCCCCGUUCCAGUGCCCCAACCAGUUCCAGUUAUUGUCACCAAGGCCUAUCCCGUUAACGUACCUCGCCCGGUUCCAGUGCCAGUACCUCAUCCCGUGCACGUAGCGCACCCGGUCCCAGUUCCAAUCGGUCCGGUCCCAGUAGCAAUUCACGCACCAGGCUCAUUUUCAAUCUCUCAAUCCAUAUCUGAUCCAUAUCACAUUUCGGGGGUAUCCGCUCAACCAAUCGGUCCCAUCCAAUCAAUCGGUCCUCAACCCAUACAAUCGAUCGGUUCUCAACCCAUACAAUCAAUCGGUCCUCUCGGGAUUGAAGCAGCCAAUGGAGGAGCCGGCGCAUUAUUGGAAGGUGGACAGAGUACUGGAUUUAGCAUUUCCGGUGGCAUCGUAAACGGUGGUGAUGACUUGGGCUCCAUAGGCUCGGGACUCCAAUUGAGCGUGGACUCCGACAGCGAGGGAUAUUCUUAUCCGGUACCGGAGAAGAAAUUCUUUUAA